AUGGUAUCUAAUGAACUGAUCUUUGGUGUGGCAUUCUUCUUUCAAUAUGCCAUUGUUUUUUUAAGGAAUUCACUGCUGUUCACAUUGUAUGUUUAUAUUUUUGUCAGAAAGCCUCAACAGAAGAAACCAAUGGACUUGAUUGUUGCUCAUUUGACUUUGGCCAAUAUGGUCACACUUUUUACCAGAGGCAUCCCAGAAAUCAUGUUUUGUUUUGGGAUGAGACAUUUUUUAGAUGAUGUAGGGUGUAAGGCACUCCUUUACAUUACCAGAGUUGCCCGGGGACUUUUUGUCUGCACAACAAGUCUUCUGAGUAUGUUCCAGGCCCUCAUCAUUAGUCCCAACAACUCUGUGUGGGCUAGCAUCAAAGUCAGAGCCCCCAAAUACAUUUUACAUUAUUUCCUCUUUUUCUGGGUCACCAAUGCAUUGAUCUAUAUCAGGGUCAUUGAAGUCACUGAAGCAAUCAAAAAUGUCACAAUUUCUAGGUAUCGUUAUGUGUCACAACUUUACAUGGUACGAUCAAACAAUGAUCAUCAAUUUAAUGCUGCAUUUAUGUUUGGAAUAAUUCUUCAUGACCUUAUCUUUCACUUCCUUAUGGGCUUGUCCAGUAUCCACAUGGUGCUUCUCCUCUAUAGACAUAGCAAGCAAGUGCGGCACAUUUAUAGCAGUAGUCAUUCUAGAUCCUUCCCUGAGGUCAAGGCCACACAGACCAUCCUCUUGCUUGUGACCUGCUUUGUUUUAUUCUACUGGCUCCACAACUGUAUCACCUUAUAUGAAUCUUUUAAUUUUGAAAAACACGCUGAAUUUGAAGCCAUUGCAUACUUUUUUAGUGCAUGUUACCCUGCCCUCUCUCCCUUAUUGCUGAUUGGCGGGGAGAAUUGUAUUCCAAAGGUUCACAGUAUAUCUGGAAAGGCACAGACCUCUAAGGAUUUUAUGGAAGGAUUAGUCAACCUAUGA